AUGGAGACCAGAGACCACACGUCCGCGGUAUCGGCCCGGAUUCGAUCGCUGGAGGGACAGGUGCAACGUCGAGACAUGUUCCUGAACCACAGUGCCAAAUAG